GGCAACAAGAUUUGGUCAGCCUUGACUUCGCUCUUGAUUUUCCUUGCUUGCCUUCUUUUGUAGAGGUGGGGGAGAAGGGGGGCCAGCUCUCCAUCGGGCAGAAGCAACGGCUGGCCAUCGCCCGGGCCCUGAUCCGUGACCCGAAGGUCUUGGUGCUGGAUGAAGCCACAAGUGCCUUGGCCCCCGAGAGUGACGCUGCGAUCCAGCGGUCUGUGCAGACCAGUGGAGCCCGGACGGUGUUGGUGAUUGCUCAUCGGAUGCAGACGGUGGAGAACGCAGACAAGAUUGUGGUGCUGGAAGGAGGAGAGGUUGUGGAAGAAGGGACUCACACGGAGCUGAUGGGCCGGCAAGGCCCCUACUAUAGAUUGGUGGAAAGGUCCCAGGCGGAGUGACUUCCGGAGUUGCAACGGAGAUGCUCGGCCACAGGAUCCACUGCUUUUGUAGAUGCCAAAUGCAUGAUUGGUUGGGGAAAUAGACAACAGCACUCUCUUAGGGAAAGAGAGUGACCCAGAAGCUGGCCUGUCUAGCAGCUCUUGGCCAGUCAAGGGUUGCUGAAUUGCACCCAUUUGGAGGAAGAGGAGGCUGUCUUUCUCAUCUGGGCACAAUUCAGGUGGUGUUAAGUAGCAACUUGGGCCCUGGAAACUCCAUAGUGAAAGAUGCACAAUCCCAUUUCAAGCAACUCUUUUGUUUAGCAAUGACACCAAUACCCCAGAUUUUCCUUUGUUUGAAUUUAGUAUGUGAGACCUUUUUGUACAACCUGCUCUUUUGUCACACUUUUUAAUAUUGGUUGCAGAAACUUGACUUCCUCUUUGUUUUGCUAAAUAAGUAUCUCUGGGAUCCCUUUUAGUCCUUGCAAAUCUGUAUUUGGAUGGAAGUCACACAGAUAGGUCUUGUUUAGCGCGGUUACAGAAUUCCCACAAAAUGGUUGCGUCGUUCAAAUACUACUGAAGGUGAUGUUUCUAUGGAAAACAGGGUAAUGACUUUUAGUUCAACGGAAAUA